AAGCGGCCGCCAUCGGGCUCUCCCGGGAGCGGGAGCGGGCCCUGGAUUACUACGGGCUGUACGACGAGCGCGGCCGCCCGUACAGUUACCCCAUCGUGGCCGAGGAAGACCUGAUGCCAGAGGAUGACCAGAGAGCCACCCGCAACCUCUUCAUCGGCAACUUGGACCACAACGUGUCGGAGGUGGAGCUGAGGCGCGCCUUCGAGAAGUACGGCAUCAUCGAGGAGGUGGUGAUCAAGCGCCCCGCACGUGGCCAGGGCGGUGCCUAUGCCUUCCUCAAGUUCCAGAACUUGGACAUGGCUCACAGGGCCAAGGUGGCCAUGUCAGGCCGCGUUGUGGGCAGGAACCCCAUCAAAAUCGGCUACGGGAAAGCCAACCCCACCACCCGGCUGUGGGUGGGGGGCCUUGGCCCCAGCACUUCCCUGGCCGCCCUGGCCAGGGAGUUUGACCGCUUUGGCAGCAUCAGGACUAUUGACUACGUGAAGGGCGACAGCUUCGCUUACAUCCAGUACGAGAGCCUGGACGCUGCCCAGGCCGCCUGCGCGCAGAUGAGGGGCUUCCCCUUGGGUGGACCAGAGAGGAGACUCCGAGUGGAUUUUGCCAAAGCAGAAGAGACGAGAUACCCGCAGCAGUACCAGCCUGCGCCUCUCCCCGUGCACUACGAGCUACUGGCUGAUGGGUACAGCCGGCACCGGAGCCUGGAGCAAGACUUGAGGGUGCGGGAUAGGACUCCUCCGCACCUCCUGUACUCGGACAGAGACAGGAGCUUUGUGGAGGCAGACUGGGCCAGCCCUGCCAAAAACGCUGAACGCAGGAACAACCUGGAGAGCUACAGCCGGUCCGUGCGCAGCCGGAGCGGGGAGCGCUGGGGCAGCGACGGCGACCGCAGCGUGCCCAAACCGUGGGAAGAGAGGCGGAGACGCCGGAGUCUUUCCAGUGACCGUGGGAGGACUACUCACUCGCCUUACGAGGACAGAAGCAGGACAAAGGCCAGUGGGCCAGCUCUAGACCGCAGCCCUGACAGGGCUCGCAAGGAGAAUCACACUACAGAACCCGGAGCCGAGAAAGAGCAGAGCAACUCCCUCCAGAACAAUCGUCACGCGGCUGAGGAGAAACCCCAUCGCGAGCCAGCCGAUGCUCCCCAGCCCAAAAAAAGGGACAGCGAACGCAAUCAUCGAACUGGUGAAUCGGAAUCAAAAACUCACGAGGAGCCAAAAUCUGAGACCAAAAAGCUAAAGAAUUUAUCAGAAUAUGCUCAGACACUGCAACUUGCUUGGAAUGGGCUUCUUGUGCUAAAAAACAGCUGCUUCCCCACCUCUAUGCACAUCCUGGAGGGAGACCUGGGUGUCAUCAACGGACUCCUCAAAGACCAUUCGUCUGGCGGGAAGUUGACGCAGCUCAAAAUUGCUCAGAGACUUCGGCUGGACCAGCCCAAGCUGGAUGAAGUCACCCGGCGCAUCAAACAAGGCAGCCCCAACGGCUACGCCGUGCUCCUGGCCACCCAGUCAGCCCCGGCAGGGGCAGGGGCCGAGGGGACCUUCCCUGUGGUAGAGCCUGGCUUGCAGCGACGGCUUCUCAGGAAUCUGGUCUCCUACUUGAAACAGAAGCAGGCUGCUGGGGUUAUCAGCCUGCCCGUGGGAGGGGCGAAGGGCAGGGACAGCACAGGCAUGCUUUACGCGUUCCCUCCUUGCGAGUUCUCUCAGCAGUACCUCCAGUCAGCACUAAGGACAUUGGGGAAGUUAGAAGAAGAACAUAUGGUGAUAGUUAUAGUCAAAGACACUGCCUAGCCCACACUGUCUUUUCAAAUUCCAUGUUUUCUUUGUGUGUCACACAGCCCAGUUGUUUUUAAGGCUGAUCAUUUUGGUUGAGGCUCAAAACACCUUGACCAGAGUGGUAAGAUUUUUAGUUUCUAAUUAAUUUUAAUACCUAUAAUAUCUAUUAAAAUUUUAAAUAGAGCCCAUUUUAUUCGUUUUUAAUAUGUGACACUGUCCGCUGUUGUUCUGUAUUUUUAUUUUUUAACUGUAUGAAAAGUUGUCAGUAAAGCCUUGUUCACUGAUGGAUUUCUAAACUUGUGCGGUAUCCGAGUUCUUCUGGCCCAGGAAGGGCAAGUUCCCUGUGCUGCAGCCAGGCCAGGUGAGGCCCCAGCCCAGUUCAGCUCUCAGAUCCCUACCUUGAGCACCUCCUUCAUCUUUAUAUGUGUCCUUCAAGGUGGGAGAGGAAGAGGGGUUAUUUGUGCUGUAGCAGAGACUGAAAGGUUGGUUCUCUAUUUUUUAUUUUUUGUCCUGUUUGCUUUUUAUUUCGUAAAUUUGAGUCUGGAUGCUUUGUUGUUGAGUCUCUCUUUGAGAAUAGAAGCUUCCCAGGAAGCCAGCUACCAAGGAAGCAAAGCCUGAUGAAGAAUAAAAGUGUUUUUCAUACACACCAAAAAAUUAGUUGAUACUUGGCAAAAAGUUUGCUGGUAAGGAGUGGAUCCUGUAUUCAAGUUGGUGAGGUUUGAGACCACAUGGUGCAUGUCUCAGUCAUAGAAAUGCUUGCAUAGAAACAAAAAAGGUCUGACGUUCCCAAUUUUUAUAAAAGGAAAAACAAGCAGAAGAGGGAAAAAAAAGUUAUUUAAGGGGGGACCCUCUUGGACCCUUAUUCAAUGUGGACAAGCCAGGGGCAUGAAGGUGUUUAGUGAGCUGGAGGUGCUCAUGUGCAGUCAAUCAUGUUGUACCACCUGGAAUCCUUUAUUGCAAGGUAAAUGGCUAUUUUUUAAUUUUUUUUUUCCUAUUUAAAUUUGUUUGCAGGCUUACAAAAAAAGACAGAAACGUGUCUGUCUGGCUGAGAAUGUGUUCUGUUAGCACAGGUGAUCUGUAACAGAAACCACUGGAGGUCAAAAUCUGAGCUCUGAAACGGGUGGAUGCAUCACCUCUGCUGUCUGUGGUAUGAGGUGGUUGCUUGGGAGGCCAGACCCUUUGAGUGCUCAGCAACAUAAGGAUGUGGUAACAAGUCCAAGCUGGAGUUAAAAUCCAUACUGUUCUGUUUGGGGAUAUUUUUAUUUUUCAAAGCGAUGCCUGUAGAUUUUAGGAGACUUACAGAAAAUUGUGUGGGAUUAAAAAUGCUACAUUUUAAAGUUUCUUUA